GCCCUCGCGGCCCUCAGUGGGAUCGCUGCGGCCCCUCCUCCCAGUGCAGCCUCUUUUUCCCGCGCGAGCUGCCUCCGCCACUCGGGCCGCCUGGGGGGAAACAUGGCGUCGGCCCUGGAGCAGUUCGUGAAUAGUGUCCGGCAGCUCUCAGCACAAGGGCAAAUGACGCAGCUUUGUGAACUGAUCAACAAAAGUGGGGAACUUCUUGCGAAGAAUUUGUCCCAUCUGGACACAGUGCUUGGGGCUCUGGAUGUACAAGAACACUCCUUGGGUGUCCUUGCUGUUUUGUUUGUGAAGUUUUCUAUGCCCAGUGUUCCUGACUUCGAGACAUUAUUCUCACAGGUUCAACUUUUCAUCAGUACUUGCAAUGGGGAGCACAUCCGUUAUGCAACAGACACCUUUGCUGGACUUUGCCAUCAGCUAACAAAUGCACUCGUGGAAAGAAAACAGCCCCUGCGAGGAAUUGGCAUCCUUAAGCAAGCCAUAGACAAGAUGCAGAUGAACACAAACCAGCUGACCUCAAUACACGCUGAUCUCUGCCAGCUUUGUUUGCUGGCAAAAUGCUUUAAGCCUGCUCUUCCGUAUCUUGAUGUGGACAUGAUGGAUAUCUGCAAAGAGAAUGGAGCCUAUGAUGCUAAGCACUUUUUAUGUUACUAUUAUUAUGGAGGAAUGAUCUAUACUGGACUGAAGAACUUUGAAAGAGCUCUCUACUUUUAUGAACAGGCUAUAACUACUCCAGCCAUGGCGGUCAGUCACAUCAUGUUGGAAUCAUAUAAGAAGUAUAUUCUAGUUUCCUUGAUAUUACUUGGCAAAGUACAACAACUACCAAAAUAUACAUCUCAAAUUGUGGGUAGAUUCAUAAAGCCUCUUAGCAAUGCAUACCAUGAAUUAGCACAAGUUUAUUCAACCAAUAAUCCCUCAGAACUCCGCAACCUGGUGAACAAGCACAGUGAAACUUUCACUCGAGAUAACAACAUGGGCCUGGUGAAGCAAUGCUUGUCAUCUCUUUAUAAGAAGAAUAUUCAAAGGUUAACAAAGACAUUUUUAACAUUGUCAUUACAAGAUAUGGCAAGUCGCGUGCAAUUGUCCGGACCUCAGGAGGCAGAAAAAUACGUCCUACAUAUGAUAGAAGAUGGUGAAAUUUUUGCAAGUAUUAAUCAAAAAGAUGGUAUGGUCAGUUUCCAUGACAACCCUGAGAAGUAUAAUAACCCAGCCAUGCUCCAUAACAUAGACCAGGAGAUGCUGAAGUGCAUAGAGUUGGAUGAGCGGCUGAAGGCCAUGGACCAGGAGAUCACAGUGAACCCCCAGUUUGUGCAAAAGAGCAUGGGAUCCCAAGAAGAUGAUUCAGGAAAUAAACCAUCCAGUUACUCCUGAAACUAACACCCAUCCUGCAUGGAGUGGGAUAAACUAUCACUUUGGCCAGUGGCAAAUGCUGGAGGGCAGCAGGGAGCAAGAAGCCCAGUUCACCUGGACAUUAAGACAUUGCAUUUGUUUUGACAUCUUCAGUCCUAUGUGCUUUCAGAAAAAAACAUUCUCUGCAAAGAAAGGAAAAAAAUUCAAAUUUUAAAGUCUGUUGUGGAUUUAUUUAUCCUCAGAUGAAUGUUGUUAUUGCAUUAAAUCUACCUUUUUGUUUAAAU